CUCAGGCGGUCACACACAAAGUGUAAAAGUAGAAGCAACUGUUACGCGGACUAAUCCAUUCAGCAUCCGCGUCCAACGCCGCCUGACGCAGAACAGUGAGACGGCUCAGUGAGCGCCAAGUGGAAAAGUGAGGAGAGGUGGAACGUUUACGCGCGGUCUCUUUUUUUAGUCGGGAUUGUUCUGGCGCCUCUUGUUUCGGACAUUUGUCUGCACUUUUUACCUGGUGGAUAUUUAUUUUUGCAUUCAUUUCAGCACCUAAAUGGCAGCUCUAUGUACUAUUCCCUCGCACCUGUUACUGCUGAUUUUACACAGUUUCCUGGGUGCUGCAUCAGUCAGCAUCAUCAGAGUUGGCCAUGGGAGCGCACGGGACAGCUCGGUUCAGCCCUCAUCGGACGCGUUCUCUGCUGACCUGCAGGACAUGCUCUCCCGGCACAUGUCAAAGUUGUACGAGAAAUACAGCAGGGAAGCCCGCAUCAGAGAGGGAAACACUGUGAGGAGUUUCAGAACCAUCCCAGAUUCCUCUGAGGAAGUGACGGUGUACACACUGAACCUAACGACCCUUCAGGACUCAGAGGUCAUCCUCUCCGCCUCGUUCCACUUCCUGCUCAAUCGGCGCCCUCAUCAAAAGCCCUGGUUCUGUAAACGCUUUAAACGCCAAUCCUGUCGCUCCUCAGCCGGCCACCCUUCUCCGUCCAUCAGCCUGCUCCUUCGCGCUGUGUCCUCUGAGUCAGAGGUCAGAACUGGGUCAAUGGGCUCCCUCCUGGCCAAUGUGACCUUCCACCCCCACAGGAGAGGGGUGUGGCAGAUGAAAGAUGUGACCGAGGUCAUAAAGGAGGCCAGAUACAAGGGUCAUCUCUUGGUGUCAGUGGAGUUGGACUACCAGAAGAAACCACAGGGACUGCUGCCUGGUGGGAGCCUGCCCUAUCUGUUACUGUAUGCAGAUGACCAAGCCUUGGCAGAGCCCAACAGCGUGGCCGCAAGCCUCCAGAGAUAUGACCCGUUGAGUGACGGUGUUGAGCCCUCAGAUUCCUCUCACAGACCUAACUCCUCACCGGAGACAAAAGGACGAGAGAGAAGGGAGGCAGCUCCGCUCUCUGACACCAUCCAGAACAACGAGCUGCCAGAGGUGGACUACUGGCCCGAUAGGUACAAAAAGGAGGACCUCUGGGAGAGCACUUGGUACCUGGCACUUAAGCCUAAAUCAGGAAGGAAGGAAAAGAAGAGAAAGAGCCAGAAGGAAGAUGGAGCGGCUCAAGGUAGAGGAGAACUUGGUAAAGAAGACCCUCCGGUUCUCAAAGAAGGAGAAAGAAGUGCAGAGGGGCUCAAAGCGGAUAACUCAGCCGAGAAAAAAAUGAAGGACAGUCGCAGGCUGACUACUAGUGACGGACUAAAGCAUGAGUGGAGAAAGGAGGCAAUGGAUGGGGAAGUGCACAAGGGGAACGUUAACUCUGAGUCACCUAUUCUGAGUUUUGAUGACCAAACAAUGCGUAAGGCCAGGAAGAGGCAGUGGGGCAACUCCCGGAACAGAGGCUGUUCCAGAAGGAACCUCAAAGUGGAUUUUGCAGAUAUUGGCUGGAGCCAGUGGGUUAUUGCACCCAAGGCCUUUGAUGCCUACUACUGUGCUGGCACAUGUGGCUUUCCCAUGACCAAGGUGGCGAUGCCGUCCAACCACGCCACCAUCCAGAGCAUAGUCCGGGCCGUUGGGAUCAUCCCUGGAGUACCUGAGCCCUGCUGCGUUCCAGAAAAGAUGAGUCCACUGGCUGUGCUCUACCAGGAUGAAUCCAGGAACCCGGUGCUCAAGGUUUACCCCAAUAUGUCCGUCCGGUCCUGCUCCUGCAGAUAGGAAGGGAUGGUCACUGUCGGCACAGGGCCAAACGGGGCGGAUAUGGAGACAAAGAGGAAAUGGGGCAAAGGAAUACAUAACCAUGACUCUGUUUUUAAAGGGAUGUUAUUCCUCAAGAAACAUCAGUUGUAGAGAAUUCACCUCCACCUCUUUGGCCUUGCGGCAGCAGACUUGAAGGGCGUCUGGCGUCCGGCUCAGCAAGAGGGACACGUGUCACACGUGUAAAGUCAUGGCUUCACAUGUCUAGGAAACUCAGUUUUCUUGAUUCUGUGUUUGAAAUAAUAUUGAAGAUUUAAUGGGCAGGAGACUUUUACUCUUUUAUUUCAGAAUGUAGCUGCUUUUCAAGCAGCUCACAGCGACUUUGUGUUCAUGUUUUCUUUGGAUACAAAGGCUAUAAAAAAAGACUUUAUCAAUGUGUCAUUGGGCAGCUUACUCAAUCUCACACAGAUGACAGAGAUUACGAAGAGUAUUUUUUCAAAAUUUGCAUGCUGUGUACAUUACAUUACAGGUCAUUUAGCAGACGCUUUCAUCCAAAGCGACUUACAUUACACUUUAAACCCAUGGCUUUUUUUUUCACAUUUUGCCCGGGGAGCAAUUAGGGGUCAGGUGUCUUGCUCAGGGACACUUCGACUUGAGACAUGGGGCAGCCAGGUCUCAAACCACCAACCUUCAUUGUUCAUUGUACAUCCUUGCUUUGUAUAUCUUAAAAAGGAAAUAUGGAAGAGAGCAUCUGCAAUUCAUUUACACCCUUAAACCCCCUAAUAACACUUCAAGAAUAUUAUGAGGAAAACAGAAAUAUUUUUGUAUUUUGAUGUGAAACUUUGUGAUGGUUACUAGGUUAUGUAUUACGAUAUUUUAGACAAAAUGGUAUUUUGUAUUUGUGUAUUGUUUAAAUUAUGAAAAAGAUAGACAUAUAAAUUAGAAUUAAAAAGUAAUUUAAUCCAUUGCUCGUUCUAUAAUAUUAUUGUUGCAUACACUUUGUGUUAUUCUUGGUCAUUGUGCGUAUAACGUUGGAUUUAGGGAGGGGAUUUUACUUUUUUUCCCAAAUGAUCCCAAAAGAGCACCACUGUUCCAAAUAACUUUGUACAAUAGCAGGAAGGUUCCGCUCAAAGAUAGCCAACAUUCCCCCAAAGCGCCUUGAACUCAUUUUUACCCCACACCAAAGGCUCAGACGCCGGCUGUCCAGCAAAUCUUUGCGGCUGAUGCAGCUGUGGUGGAUUAAUGGUUGAUGGAGGAAGCACCUAUUAGAACGUCAGACACUUCAACAUCAAAACAUUGUGAACUUCCCCUUUUCUACUCUUUCUUCAGAUGGUUUCACUCAGAUUUCAACCACUUUCAAUCAAGUGCUCGUCACAUUAAGUCACAAGAGGAAGAAGGGGGCCUAUGUGGUGACAAACUGACAGUGAAAGGACAGUGGGAGCCUUUUGGUUAUUAUCUUAUUACGCAUUGGGUGUUCUGUCUUGAGCCUGCCGAAGUAUCAAACAACAGAAUGCUCUCAAGUUUAAGAUUGGACAGUUAUUGCGUCUCGAAGACAGAGACAUUUCAUAGCAAAUAGGGGGAAAAGAACACAAGAUUGAGCCCUCGUGUUUAUUAAAGACGAGAAUACGUUUUUUUGGCUUGCAGUUGUGCAUGGCGUCUUCUGUUUUAAUCAAUAAAAACCAAUUGUGCUUAACAAAUUAUGUCCUAACCUUCUAAAACUAACAGGCUGCCACAGUAUGUGUUUUAUUUUGUUCAUUUGGUUGAACACCUUCUACAAGCAUGUAUUUUGUCUUUAAUGUUUAUAUUUUAUGGAUCACUUUUAGAGAUCUGUUUUCAGUUUGACUAAAAGUUGUUUUCUGUUGUUCACUGUCAUAAAAGUUACAUUAAAUCAGACUGGAUUAUAUGUCGUUUGAUAAUAAAACAUGAAUACUUACCGAUA